UGUUUUAUUUAUUUAUUUUUUAACUGGAAGAACACUCGUCACUUCCUGCAGAGGGUUUGUGUGUGUCUUCUGCCGACUGUGAACUGAGCUUGGAAUUGAAGCAGGUGCAUUGCUCGGGGCUGCGAUUUGGUGAUGGCUCCUGCAGUUGUGGCCAGCAUCCUUCCUCUCUGUGUGUGCUUGCUGCUGGUACCUGGCAUAGGCCAGGCAGACAAGCUGCUGGUGGUUCCUGUGGAUGGAAGCCACUGGCUCAGCAUGCGCUCGGUGGUAGAGAAGCUCAUCCAGAGAGGACAUGAGUUGGUUGUAGUUGUGCCAGAAGUGAGUUGGCAGCUGGGACAGUCCCUGAAUUGCACAGUGAAGAGGUAUGCGACUUCUCACACCCUGGAAGAUCUGAAUCGUGAGUUCAAGGAUUUUGCCAACACUCAGUGGAAAAUGAAGGAGAGUGGAUUAUUUGGCUUUUUAAUGGGUUCUUCCAAAAAUGUUUUUGAACUCAUAUUUUCCCAUGGCAGGAGUUUAUUUAAAGACAAAAAUUUAGUUGAAUUCAUAAAGCAGAGUUCAUUUGAUGCAGUGUUAACGGACUCUUUUGAUAUGACCGGCCUAAUUGUUGCCAAAUAUUUUUCCCUGCCAUCUGUGGUCUUUACUAAGGCAGUGCUUUGCCACUAUCUUGAGGAAGCUACACAGAGUCCCUAUCCUCUGUCUUAUGUUCCCAGGGCUUUUGGGGUGUUCUCUGAUGCCAUGACCUUUGAGGAGAGAGUUUGGAACCAUUUUAUCCACUGGCAGGAGAGGUUACUUGGCCCCUACUUUUUCAAAACUGCCUUAGAAACUGCCGCUGAAGUUCUCCAGAAGCCUGUCACACUCUAUGACCUCUUCAGCCACACCUCAAUCUGGUUGUUAAGAACUGACUUUGUUUUGGAUUAUCCCAAACCUGUGAUGCCCAACAUGGUCUUCGUGGGUGGUACCAACUGCCAUCAGAGGAAACCUUUGUCAAAGGUCAGUGUUGUCUUCUGGUCAUCUCUAGAACAACAUCUGUUUUGAUAUUUUAGACAAUCAAAAUUUUCCCAAUACAGCUAAUUU